GUUUUUCAUUCCCUGAAUUACCAAGACUUGCCGGAAUAUUUUGAAGACAACAUGGUGUCCUGGAUUCCGAACUUCUGUGAGCUCCUUUCGCAUUCAAAUCCAUCUCUUGUGUCAGAUUCGGAUACAGAUCCAGGUCAUUUGGAGAAGUUAAAAGGGGAGAUCUGCGACAUUGCGUCUCUCUACGCCCAAAAGUACGGCGAAGAGUUCGAGCAGUAUUUGGGACCCUUUGUCAGAAGCACUUGGAACCUUCUUACAACCACUUCAAACGCCCUGAAGUACGACAGUCCUGUCGGAUCUGCUAUUGGAUUUUCAUCAUUCGUUGCCAACCGCGUGUCUAACAAGAAUUUAUUCGACGAUGACGCUUCGUUGGCGUCCAGAAGUAAUCAUACCGAACAUGGAAUUCAGACCUGGAGACCGAGAGCUCUUCGAAGACAGUCCAGAAGAUUACAUUCGCCAUGAUGUCGAAGGCUCAGACAUGGAAACCAGGCGUCGAGCCGCGUGUGAACUCGUUCGCGCUUUGUCGAUGUUCUUCGAGACGAAAAUCACGGUGAACAUCUUUGAAUACGGCAACAGCUUGUUAUCGCGACAUGCUUCAAAUCCAGAAAAUCACUGGCGUGAGAAAGAUGCAGCUUUUUAUUUGGUUGCAAAAGGGAAGACAGAAAAAAAGCGGAGUAACCAAGGCAAAUGCUCUGGUCGAUAUCAAAAGUUUCUUCUCGCACCAUAUCCUACCAGAGCUGGCAGAUGCGCAAGUUGAUGCCCAUCCAGUGCUAAAAGCAGAUACUUUGCAAUAAGUGCAUGUGUUUCGAUCUCUGCUGGAUGCGAAGCUCGUUCGCUCUGCGAUCCCACCGAUGGUGUAACAUUUGUCUGCUAAGUCGAUCGUGUCGCAUUUGUACGUUGCAUCGGCUAUAGAAAAAAUUCUGGCCAUGCGUGACAAGAUGGUGUCUGCUGCGGAUUUAUUAUCUGAGAUGGAGUCGUUAUUGAAAAACCUUAUUUCAAUCUCGGAGGUCGAAGGAUCAAAGGUGAAUGAAUAUGUGAUGCUGGCAACAAUGAGAGUAUUGGCGUGCCUGUGGUUGGGGUGCCUUAUGGAGCUUCUCUGGUGGGAAAAAUUGUGGUUUUGGAACUCUUUCUUGGUCAGGGCAUGUUGCAGGUUGGGAUAGGUGAUUGGCGGACAAGCCGCCAGUAAGACUUGACACAAGUUAGACAAGAUUUUUCAGUUUAUUCAAAGGGCAGAUCAGAUACACAGACUUUCUUUCUUGACAGCAAUUUGUCCUGACACACACACACACUGUCCCAGAGCUCUUGGUUGGAGAGUGGCUGAAGCAGAAGUGUCCUCGUUCCUACUUUUUCCCUUUUCAUCCUCCUUGUCCCUGUUCAGUUUCCUUGGAGGAUCUGGCUGGAUGCAGCUGCAUGCCUAGGUGUUGUUGGGGGUCAUAUUCUGUACACCUGGUGUUGUUGUGAAUUUUGUUCUGUACAUAUGUUGGGAGUUUGUAUGCCUGGUGUUGUUGUUCCUGAUGUUUAUGUUCCUUUCUUGUUUUCCCUCCUGGAAGGUGUGCUGACCCUUACUAAGCUGUAGUGUUGGUAUCACAAAGUGUACCAUAAUAACCAAGACUUCUGGCUACCUAGACUACUAGAGGAAUGUGUUGUCAGGAGGUUUUCAUGUGAAAUUGCAGUGAGACCCCCACAUGUGGACACCUCAACAUGGGGACAAUUGAACAUAUGGACAUUAAUUUUCAAUUUGAAAAUCAUUAAAAAGGCCCAACAUGCAGAUAAUGACUCAACAUGAGGAUAUUGCAUGAUAAAAUUGGCAAUAAAUUUUAGGAAAAUUGACUUAGGCCUAAUUGCAAGAAACAGAUAUUCCCAAACCUAAGAUCUAUGCAAGAAAAAUUCUUUGGUACUUUUCCCAUCACUUUUCCAACCAUCCAGCUAAUUUAAAUAAUUUAUCCAUAGCACAGAGGGACUUCCUUCACUCUUUGUGGCUUGGAUGUUAUUUUUACAGAUGCCAACAUUUCAAUGAACUGUGCAGUGGUAUAAUAUUCAAUGCUCCAAAUGUUCUUAUUGGGUUGAAAAGAUAUUCACUGAUUCAAAUUCAAGUGGUAAAAUUUUUUUUCAUGGAAUUCUUGAGAAUAUUUCUCCUAUACAACACCAAUGUAAGUUUGUGGGAAAACGAGACUCAACUUAGGGACACUCUUGAUGCAUCAAUUAUGUCUGCGUCUGGGGGUCUCACUGUUAUAUACUAGUCCUUGAUGUACAAUUAAGUACUUGAAUCAUUUUGUUCCUGACAUUUUUUGACUGCUGUAAACCUUAGGAAUCUGUUUUGUUUUGCUGGAUUUGUGAUGCUGAGUGCUUCAAAUGAAUCGGGGAGCCGACAAAAUGGUCGUGGAGGGCCCACCAACAAAUUGCAAACCAUUCGCUCAACUCUGUCUAAACAUCACAAGCCCUUCUUCAGCGCUCGAGUUGGCUUCGGUUGAUCGUCGCAACUGGCUGAUCCAUUUGCAUUUUGUUCGCCAAGAACAUGAUAUUUGCAAAAGGUUGAUUGAAGAACAGUUGGACGAGACGCGAGGGAUGUGCGAAUAUGCUAACUUCAUCAUGGCUGUCAUUUUACGUCACGAAGGAAAAAUUCAGGAAUCUUUGGAGCUCUUUCAAGCUUGCGCAGUGUUGAAUCCUUCAAACGUGGAUAAUCUCAAGCAAGCCGCACAUUCAUUAUUUCUUCUGGGUAGGCACAAAGCUGCCGUGGAUAUAUAUCUGGAAACGUUGAAGUAUUGCGCCAAAGAUUGGGAAAUCAGUCACAAUAUAGGUCUGUGCAAGCUUUACUUGGGGGAGGUUGACGAAGCUCAAAAGUUUUUUCGGGAUGCCUUGCAGUGCGAGAAGAAUCCGCUGACGUAUCACUUCCUGGGAAGGACUUACAUUGCUUUGAAUGACUUACCGGCUGCAAUUGAAGUUUUCCAAGCAGCUGUUGACGUUUUUCCGUGGGAUAGUAACUUGAACACCACCAUGGGCCUUUUAUACUUACAAAGUGGACACCUCGGCAGAGCUUUUGAACGACUCGGUAAUGCACUAACACUUGAUAGCGAAAAGGUCCAGCAGCUUUGUCGUAAAAUUCUCCAGGGAGGAAACAGCGCUCGUGGUAUCAACGAAUUCAAUGCUUUUGAAUCGCGACCGAAUGGAAAAGCGUUACUAGCUGCUGGAGCAAUUAUGCAAAUGCACGGUGAUCAUGACGCAGCAUUAGGCAAAUAUCGAGUUGCUGCGUUCUGUACUCCGGAGUCUGCACCUUUAUGGAAUAAUAUUGCCAUGGCUUUCUAUGGCAAGAAUAAGUUUGUGGCGGCGAUCAGCUGUUUGAAGAGAGCUCAUUACUUGAAUCCAAUCGACUGGAAGGUGUUGUGGAACCUUGGACUGGUGCACUUAACAAUGCACCAAUACGCGACAGCUUUCAAUUUCCUGUCAGCUGCGGGAAAUUUGCGUCCGAACCGAGGAAAUAUUUUCUCGCUUCUUGGAGGUAGGAAAGGAAAUGCCGUGACUUUGACGAGACUGAACGACGCAGAAAAUGCUCGUCUCGCUUAUGUAGAAGCCGUUAAAUUGGAUGAGAAGGACUGGCUAGUUUGCCUGAAUUAUGCCUAUUUUCUGAACACAGUCCCAGACCGGGACGCUGCUGUGGAAAUGAUGAAUCUGUUGCAGAAGCGAGUCUUGGCAAGAAUUAGUUCGAAGCGUGCGUCCUCUUCAUUGGACAUCGACUUUGAGGUAAAGUUAGGAGAAUUGUUGCCUCAGUCCUACAGCUACCACAAAUGGCCGAUAGAGUUCCUCUUGAAUACUGUCAUUGAACUCUCGUCACGGCUGGCUCAAGCCCUCGGGAUGGACUGGAACUUGGAAGCGGCAAUUCGUGCUAAGCGGACGUCCCGCACAACGACAAUACAAACUGAAAAGCUGAUUGCGACUGAUGAUACCCGAGAGGAAGUUGAAGUAGGAGGGACUGCUGAAGUC